ACUGAUUCAAAAUUUGAGUUUAAAUUUUGUAGUCUGAACAUCACAUUGAUGUGCAUUUACGGAAUUGGACAAUUAGAUUGUUGUAUUCUUGUAAUAAGUGCAGGUGCCGUUAUGCUGUCAAAGAGAUUCAAGUAUUUAUCAGAUGUUGUUGAUGAACUGACAAAAGAAGAAAAUUUUCUCAAAACUAAAAUCGAAACUUUGAUUCAAACUCAUUGGGAUUUAUGGACUUAUAUACAAGAAUUAAAUCUAGUAUGUGAAGAUUACUUCCCAGCAGUAUACUGUUUUGCAAUAUAUGAAACAUGUUUUUUUGUCUGCGCAUUCUUUUUUUUCGAACUUGAUGUUUUCAUGCGUUUUGCAAUCUUUAUUCUUUUAUUAGCUUUUAUCGUGGUUUGUACAGUUGCGACUUUUCAAAUAUCUCGAUUUACAUCUUCGUUGUAUGAAAAGUUCGUUGAAAUCGAUAAAUUGUGUUCCGCUGAUCUGCCUUUAGAAACAAAACUGAAGAUGUUGAAUUUCAUGAAAAGAUUUGGUAAAACUCCAUUUGGAGUAAACGCAGGCGGAUUCUUUUAUGUUAAGAAAAACUUCUUCAUUCGAUUUCUCAGUGCCAUAUAUUCAGCGCUGUCUGUCUUUGUAGAACUUUUAGCAGCCAAGAAGCCAUCUUGUAAAAUUAAGAUUGAAGAUCUAAUACAAUAAACUGUCUUGCCUGAUUGAUUGGCUGACUCACAGGCGUCAAUGAUUGAAAUGUGAUAAGCAGACUUAUCACAGAAAAAUAAAGUACUGUAUUGCGUUGGAAGAAGGACGUGGUGUGUGUGGUCUUUUAAGAAAAAUUCGAAUUAUCAAAAAAGUCAAAUAUUUUACACCUUAC